UCCUCUCGUCUGUUCUCUCUCUUUCCAGGUUCUAACCCAUUUCUGUCUCUAGUUCUCACACCCAGAAACUCCAGCCUUCUCAGAAAUUUCUUCCUCGUAGAUAGUCACAAAUACCCUCUUGCUGCUCCUCUUUGUAGGGUAUCAAUGGCCAAAAGAUCUCUCAAGAAAGGAGAAGAAUAUGAAGAACUGGAACAAGAAGAUAAUGACCAUUAUGAUGAUCAUGACGAUGAAGACGAUGAGGAAGGGGAAGAAGAAGAAGAAGAAGAAGAAGAAGAAGCGCAGGAACUAGAAUAUAGAAGGAAGAAGGUGAUGAUAAGGGUAGUCUCAGCUGGGCAGAGAUUAAGUACUCUGUCGCCCUUUGUAAAUUGUAGUAGUAGUAGUAGUAGUGAUAACAAUAUUAGUAGCAUUGGCUCAUUACGUUGCCAGGCUGAUGAAUGUGGUGUGGAAUUGAUAAUGGCGAAGGCAUAUCACAAGCGCCAUAAGGUUUGCGAGCGCCACGCCAAGGCUGCUGUGGUUUUGGUCAGCGGCCUUCGCCAGAGGUUUUGCCAGCAGUGUAGCAAGUUUCAUGAGAUUCCACAGUUUGAUGGCAACAAAAAGAGUUGUCGGGAAAAGUUAGCCGGUCAUAAUGAGCGUCGGAGAAAGACCCAUACAGAACUUCAGGCAGCGGAUGAACAGAAGCCACCAGAGUCCAGAAUGAAUGGCAGCUUGCUGAAAGCCAUGAGGUAUUCGGAUUAUGGUAAAAUGAGUUUUCAAGGGAGCCCAAAUAUGAAGCAUUCUUGAAGUAAAUGACUGUAAGUUGUUCUCCAACUCUGUUUUGAUCUAUAUAUCACUCAUUUCUGAUGCAUUCUCUUUGAUCGGCAGCCUGCUUGUUUUAUGCCUGACACAAUUUAGUGAUCAUUAUAGCCUUAGUUGUAGCUUAGCAGUAUGUAUUUUGAGCCUAGGAUUGAAGUUAAGAUUUAGUAGUAUAGGAUAAUUUAUUUUGUUAUUGACUCCUGUACAGAGAAGUUAAGGUUUAGUAGCAUAGGAUAAUUUAUUCUGUUAUCGACUCUAUCUAUAAUCAAAUUGGUUCU